ACGUGACAAAAGGAACUGGGAAACUGUCAUUUGAGAAGUUGAAGUUGCCAGCGGUGGAUUGACCUGUAAAGCUCAGGAUGCUCCGCGUUUUGUGGCUGUUCGCCGCCCUGGACGCGGUGCUACUGCUGGACACAGGCAUGCUGUUUCCGCGGGAGUCCUCCUCCAGAGAGCUGAAGGAGCUGAACGGGCUUUGGGCUUUCAGGGCUGACCGAUCACCGAACAGGAAUCAGGGCUUCGAGAGCGCUUGGUACAAAAGUCGACUAGCAGAGACUGGCCCUGUGAUCGACAUGCCGGUUCCUGCCAGCUACAAUGACGUCACUCAAGACCCCUCACUGAGAGAUUUCAUUGGCUGGGUGUGGUAUGAGCGCGAGGUGACAGUGCCCACCCGCUGGAUCACUGAUGACGGACUGCGAGUGGUCCUCAGAGUGGGGAGCGCUCACUAUUACUCCGUAGUGUGGGUGAAUGGUGUGAAGGUGACUGAACACGAAGGCGGCCAUCUGCCGUUUGAGGCAGAAAUAGGCACCUUACUCCGUAAAGACCCAACCAUGCCCUGCAGGAUCACCAUCGCUGUGAACAACACUCUGAAUCUGCACACGCUCCCCCCAGGCACCAUCCAGUACAUGACUGACCGUACGAGGUAUCCUGCUGGGUUCUUUGUUCAGAACUACAAUUUUGAUUUCUUCAACUAUGCCGGGAUACAUCGUCCCGUUCUGUUGUAUACCACCCCGAAAGCCUAUGUGGAUGACAUCACCGUUGUUACAGAUUUCUUGGACAACACAGGGUUGGUCAGAUAUGGUGUGUCAGUUAAAGGAACAACCUCCGCUGCUAUGAAGGUGACUUUAAUGGACAAAGGAGGCCACUGCCUUGUUUCGUCCAAUGAGGCUUCUGGAGUUCUCAAGGUGCCAAAUGUCAACCUGUGGUGGCCGUACUUGAUGCACCAAAACCCGGGUUAUCUUUACUCAUUGGAGGUUCGCCUGAAGGCUACUGAUGAGAGCUCAACGUAUGAGGAUGUUUACACCCUACCGGUUGGCAUCCGCACAGUUAACGUCAGCAGCACCCAGUUCUUCAUCAACAACAAGCCGUUCUAUUUCCAUGGAGUCAAUAAGCAUGAAGAUGCCGACAUCCGAGGGAAAGGUUUGGACUGGCCCCUAAUAGUCAAGGACUUUAACCUGAUGAAGUGGUUGGGGGCCAACUCGUUCCGCACCAGCCACUACCCCUACGCCGAGGAGAUUCUGCAGAUGUGUGACCGCCAUGGCAUCGUGGUGAUCGAUGAGAGCCCAGGGGUCGGCAUUAAAGACAUUCGCAGUUUUGGAGACGCCUCCCUGACCCACCACCUCGCUGUCAUGGAUGAACUCGUACGGCGGGACAAGAACCAUCCCUCUGUGGUCAUGUGGUCUGUAGCCAAUGAGCCCGCUGCAGAGAUGCCCCCUGCUGAGAACUACUUCAAGACGCUGAUAAUGCACACCAAAGCUCUGGACCCUACCCGUCCCGUAACCUACAUCACAGACAGUAACUUCUCACGGGACAAAGGAGCUCCCUUUGUGGACGUCAUCUGUGUGAACAGCUACUUCUCCUGGUACCACGACCCCGGCCACGUGGAGGUCAUCCCUCUCCAGCUCAACACUCAGUUUGAGGACUGGUAUGGAAAGUACAAGAAGCCCAUCAUCCAGAGCGAGUAUGGAGCUGAUGUGGUGCCAGGGCUUCAUAAUGAUCCCCCGGUGAUGUUCACUGAGGAGUAUCAGAAAGUGGUCCUGCAGCAGUACCACAGCGUGUUCGACCAGAAAAGGAAGAAGUACGUCAUUGGCGAGCUCAUCUGGAACUUCGCUGACUUCAUGACGACACAAGGGAUCAUGCGUGUGGUGGGGAACAAGAAGGGGGUCUUUACUCGGCAAAGGCAACCCAAAGCUGCUGCAUUCAUCCUCAAGGAGAGAUACUGGAGACUGGCAAAUGAAACUGGCACCCUGCCCCUCUGGACCAAGUACCCCUGCCCACUGUGAAGCGUUUGGCCCCGCAGGACAACUGGAGCUGUACGGAAAAUCAUGUCUAAUCAAAUUGACAUCAAGGUCUGCUUCUAAUUAAAACAUUCUUUGUGUGUUUUUUCA